ACGUACUAUCAUUCCUUGUAGCGGGUACCUCUAUCCCUUCCUUCCUAUCUAUCCGACUGCUCCCUUCCGGUGGUUGUGUCCAAAGUACCGCUACACACAGGUCAUCCGGUCUGUGCUCAACAGCUCUCCCUAGCACGAAAUUCCAUUAGGCUACGUAAUUGCGCUCAAUCAGCUCUUACUACAGUCGCUGGCUCGACGUUGAGCAAAAACAGGCAUGAACGAGAGAAAGAACCAAGCUAGAGGAUAGUCAAACAAGCGAAACAGGCGUUGAAAACAAAAGGUAACACAACGAGUCAAAGAAUUUGCUUGGGUUCUCUCUGGAGAGUCACGUAAAGAGCCCAAAAUGGCCGGUGGUUAUUUUGAUCUACCGGUGGCCCCCUCCAGACGUUCGAGUAUCACUGAAGGACCUGGAGGGGCAAGCAGAUCCUCUGAAGGGCCGCGUGUAUCCCCUCUGCCAUCGCCCAAUAAUGAAGGCCUUCAGGACCGAUCGAUGGACCAGCGUGGAGCACAGGGCAGGCAUCGGAAUGCCGGCAUUCUUAAGAACACCAAUCGCGUUAAGUUCACUGUGAGCGAGUAUGGUCUUGGCGAAGUCCCCUCCGGAUCGACGUCAGAGAUCCGGUUUGAUGGAAGGGGUUCAUCAUUGCCGCAGAAGCCAUUACCCACUGCCAGCAUUCCCUCGACGGAGAAAGCACCCGUCGACCCCCAAUCGUUUCCCUUGGUUGAUAUCAGCGGUAGCUCGCCAACGGGUAUCACAGGCCGGACGGUCCACUCACGAGCUAGCUCCCCUGGGGUCACUGGGGACAAUGAGGUCAGUUAUGAGAAGGGGAGAGCCAUCUACUCCGCACAGGAGAGAGCCCAGAGGCUGGCAUCCCUCCUUGGCCGCUCCUCAAAAUCUCCGAAGCCAAGUCCUCGGUCGAGUCUGCCGUCAUCAAUCGCGUCCACACCUACGGAAGUGGCGCUACCCUCUGAGGACGGUGACGAGAUCCCUAUGAUAAGCCUUCCUGAGAAGCAAUACGACUUUUUCUCCGACGAUGAGGAUAAUCUCAUAGAUAAGCGACAAUCAACACGCACUGCGGAAGCUCAUCAACUCGUGCGCCAAAUGACUCGAAAGGAUUUUGACUUCUUCACCCGGAUCCGCGCUCCCUCUCCCGGACUCCGCUCUGCUCCGGUCACUCCACUUGAGGAGAGGGAUCCCGACACAUACGUCGAACGACCAGCUCAAUAUCGCGGUGGCAUUCUUUCUACCCUCCUGAAGCUCUACGACCAGCCCUCUCAGCUCAACUAUUCGCGAGGCCGAUAUGGCCACUCACGCCAAAGCAGCUCGGGAGGGUUUAGUGGGCGAGGCUUGUCCCCGGACCCGGGUUGGAAGCCUCAGCGACCAAGGAAGUGGUACGAGAAAUCUCCAAACCAAUCUAGCAUAUCUCUCUCUGGCUCGACGGCCAAGAACUCUUCUAGCUCUCCGAUUGCGAUGCUCAAGCGCUCGCGAAGCAGUGGUGCUAUUCCCGGCGUGCCUAAACGGAUGGGCAAGCCACAGCUGGAGGACGAAAUCCGGAUCACCGUUCAUAUCGCCGAGCUCCUCUCACGUCAACGGUAUUUGCUCCUGCUCUGCCGCGCAUUGAUGAAAUACGGGGCGCCUACACAUAGAUUAGAGGAGUAUAUGAGAAUGUCUGCGCGCGUUCUAGAGAUUGACGGUCAAUUCCUGUACAUGCCGGGCUGCAUGAUCAUCUCCUUCGAUGACGCUUCCACACACACUACUGAAGUGAAGCUGGUCCGUUCCCACCAGGGUGUUGACCUGGGUCGACUAUCAGACGUGCAUCAGAUCUACAAGGAGGUGAUCCACGAUGUUAUCGGUGUCGAGGAGGCCACACAGCGGCUAGAGGAGAUCAUGAAGAGGCCUGACAGAUAUCCGGUUUGGUUCCUCAUUUUGGUCCACGGGUGCGCCAGCGCCAGCGUUGGACCGUUUGCCUUCAACGCCCGCCCCAUUGAUAUGCCCAUUGCUUUCGUACUAGGAUGUCUCCUGGGUAUACUCCAGCUCGUUCUUGCUCCCCGCUCCCAUCUGUACUCCAAUGUUUUCGAGAUCUCGGCAGCGGUUUUGACCUCUUUCCUAGCUAGAGCUUUUGGUAGUAUUCGCUACAAUGGGGAGCGCCUCUUCUGCUUCUCAGCCCUAGCGCAAUCCUCAAUUGCCCUCAUCCUUCCUGGGUAUAUGGUGCUGUGCGCCAGCCUAGAGUUACAAUCACGCAGUAUCGUUGCGGGCUCCGUCCGCAUGGUUUACGCUAUCAUCUACUCUCUGUUCCUUGGGUUUGGUAUCACAAUUGGCACCGCUGUCUACGGGCUUUUAGACGGCGAUGCAUCCUCCGAUUAUACAUGUCCGGCCAGCCCAAUCACAAAUGAAUACCUCCAACGUUUUCCCUUUGUCAUUCCUUUCACUGUCUGCCUCGCCCUUGUCAACCAUGCCAAGUUGAAGCAAAUGCCGAUGAUGAUUGUCAUUGCAUUUGCGGGUUAUGUAACCAACUACUUCGGCUCUAAGCGAUUCUACUCAAGUACACAGGUAUCCAACGCCUUGGGCGCCUUCGUGAUUGGCGUCAUGGGAAACCUCUACAGUCGACUGCGACAUGGAUUCGCAGCCGCGGCGAUGCUACCCGCUAUCUUCGUUCUUGUGCCAUCGGGGCUUGCAGCCAGUGGAUCUUUAAUCUCUGGGAUCGCGUCAGCAGAACAAAUCACCAACAAAAUCACACCUUACUCUGUGGUGUCCAAUGGCACACAGGGAUUCAUGGACGCAGCCAAAAACAUGACCAUGCCGCAAAGCAAUGACCAAUUCCACGGAGUCGUCUUCGAUAUCGGAUACGGGAUGGUCCAGGUCGCAAUUGGCUUUACCGUCGGUCUCUUCCUGGCCGCUUUAGUCGUCUAUCCGCUCGGAAAGAAGCGCAGCGGACUUUUCAGUUUCUAAACCUCCGUAUAUACUCAAAUAUCCCCAUUUCCUUUGGUCACUUUCUGUCUCUGAUCGGUUUUAUAUGUAUUACAUUAUGGUCACGCAGCAAGCGAG